AUCAGACCCCGAUACCUGUUUCCCUAUUAUCUACAACCUUUUCGUCGUAUUGGUUUGAAGUCCAUAUCGACAAGAAUUCCGAGAAUGCAAAGGUAUUUCUCAACCAACCAAUCCCAACAAAAGAUGUCCUUCUUCACUCGGCGCUCUGCGUUCCGCACCGCGGCUUGCGUGGUUGCGCUUGGCUCUGGUGCGCAUGCAGCAAGCAUCCCUGGUGUUUGCUGCCGGGAGAUACGUUCUUUCUUAUCGAGUCUCCGGGUCCGGGGAAAUGAACCAGGCUGCUCAGACUCUUCUGUGUCUGAAAAUGAACGACUUCUUGAUCAAGGAGUCCCCCAAGACCGCCAAUCAUCUGGAUCAGACGGAUCUCCCGUGGGAGGUGGACAAGCAGCACGCACGUCGUCUGAAAUAAAGAUGGAUCUGUGGAUGAAAUAUGACUUGAGAGAGCUGGCCAAAAAUUUCAUCUUUGAUCAGGGAACAAAUUCGCUAAAGGAUGUUGCUCCUGCGGAUGCAGCUCACGUCGAGCAGCGACGCGAGGCUUUACUUCGGGAGUUUUUUCUGCGCGCUCGGGAGCUCCUCGAAUCCGAAAACGGUGAGGGAAUCGACGUGAAACUUUCUCGCCCGAAAGAUGGCGAUUACAUUUAUUAUCUGCACCUUUCUGCGAACGCAGCGGACGCCGCGGACGCCGCGCAGAAGGAGACCGCCGCUGAUAUGCUUCUGGAGGAGUUCGGUCUCGCACCUGAGCGCCAUGGCAAACCCAAAGAUCCCAAGAAGUCCAGUUCAGUCAGGAUUGCAGGCAAACAACUCACAACAGAGCCGACGGAACCCGAGGUCCUCGACCCAAAGACGGCAGUGGUGCAAAUCAGCAUUCGAAAUCUAGCACAUGAAAAGGAGUUUCUGUUACGACUCAACGUGUCCCUUUAUUGAGUCUGAGGUGUAGUUGAACCAAUUCCCGUGUCUCCUCGUUGACCAUGACCUUGAUGCUGCAUAAAUAUGAAAGUAGAAGAUUAUUGCUAUAUUAUGAGUGAAUGAACAUCCAUAGGAGAGUGAAUGAAUUGAGUGAGUGCGGGGUCUGGAUGAAUAAGAAUACGAAUAGAACAUAAUAUUAUAGCAUUAAAUCUAUAUAUCACUAAGGAAAUAAUAAAUACAUAGCAAGAAGAACUGCACUUGGAAAAGCUGCUGCAAACGUCAUACUUCGUAUCUUGGGAAAAUAGUAUCACAUUCUAAUCUUCUUCGCCGCAAAGAAGGCGCAGGCAGACGUGCGUGAAUUCGAAGGGCGAGACAACAUCGCGUAUCAAAUCUUGAGGGUUGAACCGGGCACAGAAGCCUUCAAGCACUUUUUUACGGUUCAUCUGAAUACGUCAUUCACUUUUUAACGAAACGAAUCGCAAAAUCUGACUGUCCAAGUUUUUCUCCUCAAAGGACCUGUUGAUUAGCAGCUAAUUAGCUGUCUGGCCAAGAAGGUGAUCCUUAAUCCUGCCUCGUUAAUGGAGCUGGUUUGUGGUUAUCAGAGAUAACGAGCAACUAUCGAAAGCUCUAACUUGCGUCCCUCCGUAUACUCGGCACCAAAAUCGGAUGGAGAGCCUGCAACUGUGGCCAAGGAUGAGAAGGUCAAGGCAAUUUACUUUUUGUGGGAGAUCUUUGCUCACAAAGAGGCAAAUGACAUUACGACCAAUUUUUCAUCCUCCGAUACCUCCAUGCAAGCCAUUACAGAGGACAAUGCUGAGUGGCUGUCCUCUUCCUUGAAUUAACCAAGGACGAAGCACGUGGCUUGGAGUCCUCUGGUCUCACAGGUCUCACCGGGCACACAAGGGGGAAGAGGACAGCCCACUCAAUCCGGUUGGGAUGAUGAAAGACUACCGCUAAGACAAGGCAUCUGGGGGCACCACAUUUCAAGAAGGGCUUCCAAGCAUGGAAGGCUGACGGCCGAGUGUUGGGCUCCCCGUUCCCGUUUCCAGUCGAUAUGGAAGCGCAUCAAAAAGUGGUGGCUAGCCUACAGCAUGAUGACGACAUGCUGAAGACCUCGGCUGACGUGUUGACGAAGUACAUGGGAAAUUUACUUAUGUCUCAUGAGAAGCCCGUGGGAGUGCACGUGCCUGCGCGCGGAAAGACCACCGCAUCAAUCCGUGAGUUGUUUAAUGACGAAAGUGAAAGCUGUUGCACACGCCCUCGCCUUCUUGUUACAAGCGUCGUCGGAGCAGCAGCCUUGCAACCAGGAGUAGAAUAUGUGCCCCAAGUCUCGACACUCACGGCCGUGCGAACUCUCAAGGAGGUGAAGUACAAGGAUUUGGGGAAAUUGGCACAGGAGUAUCACUAUCAGGAUACUUUCAUGGAUCAAGUUCAAGACAAAGCAAAGCGCUCCAAGAAAACGCACGAAUUUCUAGUACGUACGUUUUUUUUGCGCGUUCGACAAGUCCUGGAUAAAGCGCGGUCUGAGUCCGGACUCAGUGAUGUGUAUUUCUCUCGCCUGAAAAAGAAAAACGAUCAUCAAACAGAACAAGAAGGGGAGCCGACUUAUACUUAUAGUUUUCAUGUUUUUGCGCCGGCCAUCGACACGACAUCAGAGGAGGCUGCUGAUAAGUUGGCUGCUGAUAAGUUUGAGAAUCUUCUUCAGGAAUUUGGUCUGGCUCUGGGCGACAGCGGAUCUCCAUUUGCAGGGGCAGAGGUAAGCCGCCGCAGCGAAGACACGGAAGAGAGAGAGUUUUUGGAUCCGAUAAGCGUCGUGGUGCAGAUUAACAUUCGAGAGGGUGCAACAGCGCAAGAGAGGAAGAAGUUCUUGUUAAGGCAACAUCUAGUAUCCUCCUCAUAUUAAUAAUCCGACUACUUAUCUGCUUUUUCACUUUGGAUGAAUUCCUCGUCUGCUGAAUCCGCUUUUUCGAAGUAGAAUCGGGACGACAAGGAGUACUACUUUUGUUCGUUGAAAAAGCGCCAUAUGAUAACAAUGCUGUCAUUCUCAUGUUAGGAACUUGAAUAAUGCUGACACGAGAUGAAACGAUAGACUUAGAUGCUAUAUUAUGCCGUUUACGACCCGUGUAGUUGUACACUGUCAUCAAUCGGAACAUCAUCUAAGCUCUGAGAACAUCCAGAAGACCCAAAAGGGAGUCUUUGAGAACGAAGGACCGAAUGCCCUUGCAUAUCAAUUUUUAGCAGUGGAGGACCCGGCCACUCUCGCGUCUGUUCUUAAGGCUCGAAGUGAUUCACUCUCUUCUAGUUCUAGCUUUUUUUUGUUGCCUACUUGUCUACAAGUGCGCCACCGCGUGACUUGAAACGGGGUCGUGGCCCGGACUUACGAAUUCAAAGAGAAGGCAGGGACUACGUUUUAUUGGGUUCUUUUGAUUGAUGCAGAACCCCCAGAGGGCUAGGGCAUGUCUAGAAGAAAGUGAAUCAUGCAGAGCUCUAACCUGCGUCCCACCGUAUACACGCCAAACUCAGACGGUCCUGAGCACGGGCCGACGGUGGAUUCGGACAAAAGUGUCGAGCAAGUUUACUUUCUGUGGGAAGUGUACGCUCACAAGCCGGCUCAGGAUAUUAAGACUAAUUUUUCAUCGUCCUGUGUUGAGUGUCCGCAACACGUCCUGUGUUGAGUGUCCGCAACAUGCCAUCCCGUGUACGUAGACAAUCCUGAGUGGCGACCCCCUUGAUUUGAGAAAGAAAGAAACACGACGUUCUUUCGUAGAGUCGGGUCGCAGAGGUGAUUUGGUAGGUCACAUCGGAGACGCAUGACAAGACAAUCAAGGGGGAGGACAGCGGAUUCACUCAGGGUAGGAUGAUGAAAAACCAUCGCUAAGACAGGCCACGCCGCAUCUCAACAUUUCAGAGACAACUAUCUGAAGUGGAGAAACGAAGGCCGGACAGCGUCUUCCCCGUUCCCGUAUGGCCAGGGAACGAAAGAGGAGUGCGAAAGAGUGCUGACGGAUCUACAGCGUAUACCAGGCAUGCCGGACAACCAGAAGGAUGUGAUGGCGAAGUACAAGGGAAAUUUACUUUCAUGUUCGUCUGAUAUGAAACCGAUUGUAGCGCAGGUGCCUGCGCGUGCGACGCCGGACGCGAUCGGUCAAUUGUUUGACGGUGUGGAGCAGCAACUUCUUCGGAGUUGGCAAGAAGACGAUUUCGUGAACUCAGGUGACAUGUGA